AUGAGAAGAAGUAGAACCAUGGCAGUGACGGUGCCCGUAAGGAGGUAUUCUCGGCGGGCCGUUACAUCUGUCCCCGUGGAACUGGAGAAAAUCAACUUCAAACUUGGCAGCCUGGAUCUGCUAGACCUGGCUUCUGCGGCCGGCGAGAACUCAGCACCCUACCAGACACAGUACGGUGGUGGUGAGUCAGACGUUCAUGGUUCCGUAGACACCACUAUUUCAGAGUGCGACGAGGAAGUUAGCAAGGAAAUUGAUUCCAGCAAUGGUAUAGGCGCCACUGCCGCUGACGCAGAGAGCCCUUGCGUCACCGGAAGAGAAUCUCCAUACCUUUCACAAGAGGAGGACUCCCCACAGACAUCAUCACCAGAUACUAGUGGGACCGCCUACGUGACCACAGCGCUACCUCGUGAGGUGCACAAAUCCCUGAAGGAACUGAUCUACAAGACGAACAGAGAGUUGUACGAUGUCGAUUCGAACAAAGUACAGUAUAAAGCGGGCCUUUCGAGAGAAUCUGGCCACCACAUACCAAGCCUGCACACGAAACGAGUAGAGGUGAAGCAAGAGCAGUCCUCCAGAGGGUAG